AUGGCAACAACAGAGCCCCUUUCUAGGCCAACAACGACGGCGAAGCUUGUUGACCGAUUAAGAGAAUUAAAUUUCAAUUUAAGCAGCGAUCCGUCGAUGGAAAGAGCCACAGAUUCGACCCGAACGAAACAAGAAGUUGAGGCACUCCGUACCUUAUCACAUUCUAUGGUACACGCAUUUUAUAAUGACUUAGAUAAAUCCUACGCUGUUGAGGCUGCCUCUUUGUCGCCAUUUGCCAGUCUAGAGGACUACCCUGUGUUGUUUAAGGCCUUUGUCAACUCAAUUGCAAGCACGUCGGGCGAGUGUGGUAUUCCGGACAUCCAACUGUUGGCUUCGUUUAGUACAUCACUGCACUGUUCCCAGGCUAAGUUGGUUGGUAAGGAGCUCGAGCUUGGGCACGCCAUAUUGGUCAUUCAGAAACGGCUUACAGUAGCUGGCAUUACGGCUGACGACACGAUCCAGUAUCAACUACUGCAAACGCUAUCAGCAGCAUUAGAUGCUAUGAAUGAAGUGAAACCUAAGGGUAUCAGUACUGUUGAAAUGAUACGGCCUCUGUUCAAGCUACUAAAAGAUACUAGCGGUCACCGUGAAUUACGCCUCGCCCAGGCUGCACGGUAUGCAUACCAGGCCCUACAAGGGAUCCCUGGUGAUGUUAGCCCAUGGAAACAAUUUGGGGAAAAUGCAUAUAAAACACUUAAGGCUGGCGCCUCACUAGCCAGUUCUGUUUCGACUCUGGAUCCCGCAAAAUUCCUUGAAGGCCUAGAAGCGCUAGGCGAAGUAGCAGAGCUGGUUACGACUGUUAUAAACGCCAUCAACGACCUCUCAAGCUUAACUUUCGGUGUUACAAAUAUCAACGAAGGCUUCGAGACUGUGUUGAAGCCAGCGCAAUGGUACCUAGCAUUGCGUUAUACCGACUUGCUAAUCCAAGGUGGAAGCCGCGUCGUCCUCGAGUCUUUGCUCAGAAACGAUAAUUUUAAAUCGCGACAUGACAAAAACUUUUUGUGUGGAUUAUGCGCACAGCUAGAGCAGGUCGCCAACGAUGAUCCAGAUAACCCCACUGUCCCGAUGUUAAAAGAGUUCUUAGCUCAACAAAGUAUCAUGUCCAAAUCCAGACGUGUCCGAGAAUGGGUUCAGAUAGUUUUGGGCACAGCCGAGCAAGCGAAAUUAACGAAGCCCUCUAGAAUUGAUCGGAUAACCUCAAAGUUGAAAGGCAGUAUACGCACGCACGAAUUAUCCGUCGGCUAUUGGAAGACGCUAUUCCAGGGACCGGGAGAUAAACUCCUGAAUAGGGCAUGGCCGACUUGUCGAAAGGCUCAAUUAUUCUACGCCGACCAGACCAUACGAAACCAAUACACCGACGAGGCGCUUGGGCAGCUCACUAUUGAACGACUUGGCGAUAAUGAGAGGUUGCCUAUGAGCCAGUGUUAUAUUAACCUAAUUGUUUCUCGAGCUGAUACCGAAACUGACACAGAGAGAGAAGACAUUGUGCCACCUUCGUCCUCACUCCGACCCAUCCGUGAGCCGAGGGAGUCGAGUUAUGUCUUACUACCGAAUCUCUUUCAACCGAAGUUAGGUGUGGGAAAACAGAUUUAUAGGCGUAUCCUUAUCCGCGGGCAGUCUGGGGUUGGCAAAACUACACUCUGCAAGAGGAUUGUUUACGACUUUAUCUACCAUAAUAUGUGGACCGAUAUUAUUGACCGCAUUAUCUGGCUCCCGCUCCGUCAACUCAAGGGCCGAGACAAGCAGAACUACGACAUCCGAAGAUUACUUUACGAACGUUAUUUUAGCAAUUGCAAGGACGGGAAGCUGCUUGUUGAUACACUCUAUGACGAAUUUACCGGCAACAAAAGCAGGACACUCUUUAUUCUUGAUGGCCUAGAUGAAGUAAUACGGGAUGUUUUCUCGUCAGAUUCGCAUUUGUUCCAGUAUCUUCUAGACCAACCCCGAUUAAUCAUCACGACACGGCCGUAUGCAGUUAGUCUGAAUAGGAUUCGGGAAAUCGACCUGGUGGUUGAGACCGUCGGAUUCCACCGUGACCAAAUAGAACAAUACAUUGAAGCCGUGUCCCCAAACAAUGCGCCUGAGAUCCAGGAUUUCUUAGACUUCCAUCCGGUAAUAGAAGGAUUGAUGCGUAUCCCCAUCCAGUUGGACGCUUUUUGUUAUACGUUCGAAGCUAGAACAGUCCACGGUGGCAAUGCCCCGACGACUAUGACCGAGCUCUACCGGGCCAUCGAACAAGCGCUCUGGAAGAAAGACAUAAUUCGGCUAGAAAAGCGUCGCGAAGGCAAUCUAGAGGUGAUUUCUAAGAACGACGCUUGGAGAUCGAACCGAAAAGAUGUUCAGAAGCUAGUACAGGGAGAAGUCAAUGUGCUACAAGCCCUCGCGUUUGCCGCUUACUGCGAAAACGUACAAGAGUUCGACUCAGAAUAUAUGGAUGAGUUCUGGGCUCGUCAAGACACACUAACCGCGUGCCUCCCUACACCAAGGGUCGAAGUGUGGUCAAGUGACUUGGAUAAAUCCUCGUUGCUUCGCACUUCUGAUAGUAGCGUUGGUGCGGAUGGCAGCUACCAUUUCAUACAUAUGACCUUCCAGGAAUAUUUCACGGCGCAAUACUUCGUGCAGCACUGGCCUAACAAGCAAUUGCCACAAUUAGGAAUGAGCGCUGAAAGUUUUCUUCGCAAAGAAAAAUAUAAUCAGCGUUUCGAUAUCGUGUGGCGUUUUGUGGCAGGUCUACUCCAUUCCAAGGGGGGCAUAGAGAAGUUCUUCGAGGUGAUUGAGAGCCAACCCUACGACCUCUACGGUCCCACACAUCAACGUCUAAUUAUGCGUUGCUUGGCAGAGGUUCCGCGACACCAGAAAUCUAUAAACUUUGGAAGACUUCGCGGCAAUCUAGAAGAUCGACUAAGGCAGUGGCUCAUUUGCGAACAUCGCUUAGGACGUAGAAUGGGCCUACGCGCUGACAUGGAUUUCCCAGAACUCAUUUUGCAACGUUGCUUGGUAGACACGCCAAUGAUGCUCAAAUAUUUAACACGUCGCCCAAGACUAUCACUAGGGUUCAUCAACCACGUGGCCAAUAACUACUUGAGAAGUGACGUCCCGACAUAUAUAAAAAGGGAAGCUAUUAACAUGCUCGAGUCUCACCGCGAUGCCAUACCGGAGAAUUCUAUUCACCGGAUAGUGGCCGCAAUCAAAGACGACGAUAGACGGGUCCGUAAGCUUGCGGCAUAUUUCUUCAAAUGGUCAAUCUUGUCAGACGAACUCCUUCUAGAGAUAGUCUCCUUCUUGGAAGAGUCGAAUUGUGACAUCCAAACUGAUAUAGUCGAUUUCCUAGGAUAUCGCCCACACUUAUCGGAUAGAAUCCUCGUACAGUUGUCAGCUGAGUUGAGGAAUCUAGAGCACAGCGUGUCCUCCGGUAUAGCAAAGAUUCUUAACCAGCAGUCUGUUCUUGGAGAAGAGGUAAUCAUGGACUUACUGGACAUGAAUGGAUAUCUCGCGGAGCAAGAGCUUUCAGUGGUUGUAGGUCGUUCCCUCAGGGAUUUACUGCUUAAGCAAUCGGCUUUUCCAUCGAAAAUUAUGGAAAAGCUGCUGAUCAUAUUGAAGAAUCCACUGGACACCAAUUGGAAGUAUGUCGCAGGAAUAUUGAACGCCUGUGCUUUGGAGGAAAGACCUGAGCUCCUUCGAAGCAUUGUAAUCCCAUUGAAUGACCCCACGAGAAGCGACCGGUUCAAAGCAAUGGGGAUUCUGGCCCGACUAAAGAGUUUGCGGGAAAAAGACCUCCACGAGAUAAUUGAUUUGAACAUGGAUUCUGCCAUGGAUGUCUUAUCCCAAUGCGAUAAUCUACCUGAAAGCGUUCUCCUUAGGAUAGCAAGUGUUUCAAAGGGGCCCGAUAGGAAUGGCCAGUAUCAUGUAUGGUCAAUCAUGUGCAAGCAGAACUUACUGCCAGAAAGCGUCCUCAAUUGGGUAGUAGAUGCAUUGGGAGAUCCCAACUUGGAAGUCCGAGACUACGCCAGCAAUGCUCUAAGCAAACAAAAGCCGACAUUGCCAAAGGCAAUUCUGCAAAAGAUGGUCGAUUUAUUGGAUGAUCCAAAACGGCUGUUCGGCGCGACAAAUGUUUUAGCUGAGUGGGACGAUCUACCAGAAGGCAUUGUUAGAAAAUUAAUGACCCUAUUUCGAGAUCCCGACUUAAAUACCCGAUCCGCCGCAAUUGAUGUUUUAAGAAAGCAAAAGCAAUUCCCAGAGGAUUUUAUUCAGGAAAUGACCAACAUCAUGAAUGACCCGGAAAGAUGCUCCGAUGUGACGAAAGUCUUAGUCAAUCAAUCAUCUCUACCGGAGCCGAUCGUACAGAGAGUGCUAGCCUGUUUCAAGGAUACAAUAAGGCGUUUUCAGUCAGACGAAUCCCAGUCACGAGACUCAGAUAGAUUCCAUGAUAUCCUAUUCCGCCAGUCCACCCUACCAGAGAAGGUUCUCCAAGAUCUCAUAGAAUUGUUACAAGGGUCAGAUAUAGAACUACGGUCUACAGCACGAGAGCUCCUUUGCAGAGUACCACUCCCAGAGAAGAUUGUAGAAAAUAUAAAGGGCCUGUUAGAAUGUGAUGAUAUAAGUAUCCAAGUUGAUGCAAUGCGAGCCUUGAACUGGCGAUUAUCACUACCGCACGGAAUCAUUCGCAGAAUGGUUUCUAAGCUACAGGGUAGUAGUUAUUCAGACCGCUGUGCAUUCGUGGAUAUAUUGGAUCACCAGGAUACUGUACCGUCCGAUACCCUGCCGCUUUUAGUGCCCCUUUUGUGCACUGUUCCAAGUUCUAGGGCCUGGGAGAUAUUGGAUAAGUGGCGACCAGCUCUGUCAGAGAAGGUUCUCCAUGAUUUAGCGGUUCAACUAAAGCAUCCACAUCCAUUCGGACAAUAUCGUAUAUACAACAUUCUGAUAAACCGGUCGCCUUUGCCGGAUAUCAUACUUCAGGAACUAGUCGACGUCUUACUUCACAACCCAGAGGAACCCGCUGCUCGUAUGAUAAUAGCUAUUCUCGACUACCAGACGCGUAUGUCAGAUGCAAUAUUCGCCUCAUUUCUUAGUCAAAUGAGCAGGGAACAUUUCAUACAUUGGUAUAGAACGUCGCUAGAGAAAAGCUUCGGCGAACCCGUAGCAUGGGUUCUCGACGAAGAAACUUCCAUUAUGUACCUGCCUUACGGGGAUAGGAGGGUCGUCAUGAAUGCCUCGUUGAGCGAUAAAGUACGCGAUGCACGAGCGUCGCUGGGCAUCCCCGUCAUCGAAUUUGAUCGAGUGUCCUAG